CACAAAUUCACAGCAAAGCCAAUGAGCGUAACCACCAGGACCACAAGCAAGAAAGAGUCCCAUCUAGAUAAUAUGCAACUGAAGUGUUGGAUUGCUGACUUGAAGGACCAAACUGAUUCUGCACAAGAGACAUGUUGAAAGCUGUAGGACAAGCUCUGUUUUCCACUGGACUACAGAACCCCAAAUUCACACCGGGGGAAGGAAAGGGACAGGACUACGAGGUCCGCACCUACCAUACCACCAAAUGGGUGAGCACCACCCUCAGUGGGCUGCAGCUGGACACAGCAUUGAACACUGGGUUUCGAAGGCUCUUUAACUACAUUCAAGGCAACAAUCAAGACAAGGUUAAAGUGGAGAUGACUGCCCCUGUGACAUGCAUGGUGGAUCCUGGAGCCGGCCCGGCGUGUGAAACUACCUUCACCGUCUCCUUCUACCUCCCAGAGGAGCACCAGGCCAAUCCACCUCUACCCAGCGGCUCAGACGUGUUCAUGGAAAACAGGAAAGAGUUCACAGUUUAUGUCAGGACAUACGGCGGUUUCUCCAAUGAGCAGAUGAAGCGUGAAGAGCUCCUGAAACUUGUGGAGAGCCUUCAGAGAGACGGGGCUGCCUUCAAAGACAAGCCUUACUACACAGCUGGCUAUGACAGCCCCUUCAAACUCACCAACCGCAGGAACGAGGUGUGGCUCUUCAAGAAGGAGGAGGAGUGAGGAGGUCCAUCAGUUUGGAAGUUGGUUUUCGCAUUAGGGAAGGUAGCUUUAUUUAGGUACAUUUUCAAAAUAAUCUGUUAUACCUUCAUUUGAAACAAAGGGAGCUCAUAGCCACUUCAGUUAGUGGGGAUGUUGGUGUGCCAAAGGACUAAAGCCUUGCUGACGUAAGAAUAUAAUCAAUCAAGCUUUUUUUUUUUUUUACACUUGGAACUGAUUGUUACAUUUCAGCAUAUUGAUUCGCUUUGGGUAUUUGGCAAUCUCCAGCCUAAACCUUUUCAUUAAGACCUCAUUUAAAAAUAAAUAAAAUCAUUAUGAGAACACAGUUUUACAAUAACGGUGCAGCCGUCAGCCUUCUGGAGUUGUGCCCCAGACGAGGAGGCCGGGGAGGCCACUCAUUCAAAUGAAAUCUACCCCCCCCCCCUUUUUCUCCCCAAUUGUAUCCGGCCAAUUACCCUAUUCUUCGGAGCCAUCCCGGUCACUGCCCCACCCCCUCUGCCGAUCUGGGGAGGACUGCAGACUACCACGUCUCCUCUGAUACACGUGGAGUCGCCAGCUGCUUCUUUUUACCUGACAGUGAGGAGUUUCGCCAGGGGACGUAGCACAUGGGAUGAUCACGCUAUUCCCCCCAGUUCCCCCCUCCUCCCCUGAACAGGUGCCCUGACCGACCAGAGGAGGCGCUAGUGCAGUGACCAAGACACACACCCACAUCCGGCUUCCCACCCACAGACACAGCCAACUGUGUCUGUAGGGAUGCCCGACCAAGCCGGAGGUAACACAGGGAUUCGAACCAGAGAUCCUCGUGUUCGUAGGCAGUGGAAAUUCAGGUGAAAUCUUAACAUUGGGUUCACUCAAGACCGAUGAUCUGGGAAAUUUGCAAGUUGACUACCAGGGUUUAGGGUAGACCUGGAGUCAAUCGCAUAAAACUGCCCUGGUCAAGAUCAGCGUUUCUGAGUUGGGUCAAAUUUUGCUCCGUUUGGUGUGAAAGUCCAGGACCAGCCCUCUGUCCCUGUUUGUCUGGAGCUUCACUUCAUUCCCGUUGAAUUCAGAUGGCUUGCUUUUCCCUUGCGUUACAGUGCACCGGCCCCAGUGUAUGAGGUUGGUCCGUCCUUCUGUUACUAAAGAUGGAAACAGAAGGUAAGACAUCUCUCCCUCUGGAGGGGAAGUAAAGAUGAUGAGAUGGAGAUUAGGGUUUGGAUUGCAAAUCAGAUGCAGCAGCUUUUUAACAAUAAGAACCGCAGGUGCCUGUCUCUAAUGUGAGUCGGACGACUUAAUAAGAAUUUACUGAUAUUCAGACUUUGCUGUUACACGAUACUGGAAUAAACAGAUGCUAAAGGGAUUUUACAGGUACAAUUAAAAUUUCAGAAAGAAUGUCGUUAAUAUGAUUACCACAGAAAUAAAGUUUGACCAUCUUUAAGCCUUAAAAUACACUUCUGGAUUAAUCCUGGGAUUAUUUUUUUUAGCUCACUAGGCUAAAUCUGACCAUGAUGUCUCUCCUCCAUCGUGCCGGGAUAGCAGCCCUUACCCGUCACCUCCCCAGUUUUUCCUUUUCCACCCUCUUUCCUGCUAAGGUUCGGCGCUUCUUUGUGUCACAGUCGUCACAAUCUUUAUCUUCUGCUUCCGUCUGCCGUCAUGGAAAUCUGAUUCUGAUGAUUGAUGAUGCAAAAUGGCCUGCACCCGUCACAGCGCUGUGCAGCAUCACACACGACGAGCAUCAUGCCUGUUAAACUGAGUUGUCCUGUCUACCUGUACACACCGUGUGUUGUAGCUCAUCCUUAAUGAAACCGUUGCUGCUAAGAUUUCUUUUCUUACAUGUUCAUGUUGAAGAAGGAAUAUUACCUGGAUUACCUUCAACAGGAGGUCAUGAGCACUGGAUCGAUGACUGACUGUAGAAGAUGUAAUAUUCCUGCAUUUUGAUUGAGUGUAACAUUUAUCAAUAAUUAAUGUAACUCAUAAUAAAAAGAUAUGUUUAUAA